UGGCUCGGUGCGGUUUCCUUGGGGACGUGGCGCCGCUGGCGGCCAGGCCUCCUUCCGGCUGCUCUGGGAGCCACGGGUAACCGCUGAGGACCAGGCUGGGCUGUGAAGAGGGACAAGCGGGCCUCGGGAUCCCGCUUCAGCCUUAGGAGAUGCCGGGGACAAGGAAGCCACCCUCUCAGGGCAAAAGGAAAAGGAGGUGACAGACGUCGAGACUACUGAAGGGAACCCAUGGCUAGAAUCAGUUUUUCCUACCUCUGCCCAGCCUCCUGGUACUUCACCGUGCCCACAGUGAGCCCGUUUCUCCGUCAGCGGGUGGCACUCCUCGGACUCUUCUUUAUAUCCUGUCUCCUUUUACUUCUCUUAAUCAUGGACUUGGGACAUCGGGGCACUUCGUCAGCUCGAGAUAGGCAGUAUGAGAGGUAUUUGGCUCGGGUAGGAGACCUUGAAGCCACCAACACCGAAGACCCAAAUUUGAAUUACGGACUUGUGGUGGACUGUGGUAGCAGUGGCUCCCGGAUUUUUGUUUACUUCUGGCCAAGACAUAAUGGGAACCCCCAUGACUUACUGGACAUCAAACAGAUGAGAGACCGAAACAGCCAGCCUGUGGUUAAGAAAAUCAAGCCAGGAAUCUCCGCAAUGGCAGAUACUCCAGAACAUGCCAGUGACUACCUGAGACCUCUGCUGAGCUUUGCCGCCGCUCAUGUGCCUGUGAAGAAGCACAAGGAGACCCCCCUUUACAUCCUCUGCACAGCGGGCAUGAGGUUGCUCCCUGAGAGGCAGCAGUUGGCUAUCUUGGCUGAUUUAGUGAAAGAUUUGCCAUUGGAGUUUGACUUCCUCUUUUCACAGUCUCAGGCCGAAGUGAUCUCUGGGAAGCAGGAAGGAGUUUACGCAUGGAUUGGAAUCAACUUUGUUCUGGGACGAUUUGACCAUGAAGAUGAGUCAGAUGCUGACACUUCCCUGGACUCAGCAGCGGGACGCAGGAGGACAGUGGGGAUACUGGACAUGGGAGGAGCUUCUCUCCAAAUUGCCUAUGAAGUCCCUACCUCAACCUCUGUCCUUCCUCCCAAACAGGAAGAAGCAGCCAAGAUCCUGUUGGCUGAGUUCAACUUGGGCUGUGACGUGCAGCACACAGAGCAUGUGUACAGGGUUUACGUCACCACCUUUCUGGGCUUUGGAGGCAACUUUGCCCGGCAGCGCUAUGAAGACCUUGUGCUGAAUGAAACGCUUAACAGAAACAGACUGCUGGGCCAGAAGACAGGCCUGAGUCCUGACAACCCAUUUUUGGACCCCUGCCUGCCUGUGGGACUCACAGAUGUGGUGGAGAGGAACAGUCAGGUCCUGCAUGUCCGAGGGAAGGGUGACUGGACCACUUGUAGGGCAAUGCUGAGCCCCCUGCUGGCCCGCUCCAACACCAGCCAGGCCUCGCUGAAUGGCAUUUACCAGUCACCGAUCGACUUCAACAACAGCGAGUUUUACGGCUUCUCUGAGUUCUUUUACUGUACGGAGGAUGUGUUGCGCAUCGGUGGCCGCUACCACGGGCCAACAUUUGCCAAGGCUGCUCAGGAUUACUGUGGCAUGGCGUGGCCAGUGCUCGCGCAGAGAUUCAAGAAUGGCCUCUUUUCUCCACAUGCAGAUGAGCAUCGGCUCAAGUAUCAGUGUUUCAAGUCAGCUUGGAUGUACGAAGUCCUGCAUGAAGGGUUCCACUUCCCCCACGACUAUCCAAACCUGCAGACGGCGCAGCUGGUGUAUGACCGAGAGGUGCAGUGGACCCUGGGAGCCAUUCUAUAUAAAACCCGAUUCCUGCCACUCAGGGACCUUCGGCAGGGAGGUGUCCGGCAAGCCCAUGGCAGCUGGUUCCGUCUCUCCUUUGUCUACAACCACUGUCUCUUCCUCGCCUGUACGCUGGUGGUGCUGCUGGCCAUCGUCCUGUACCUUCUGCGGAUCCACAGAAUUCACCGCCGACAAACUCGAGCCUCAGCUCCGUUGGACCUGCUGUGGAUUGAACAAGUGGUGCCAAUGAUAGGGGUGCAAGUAGAGCCAUGAGGCUGGACCGGAACCAGAGAACCUCCAGAACCUUGGGACUGCUGAUCCUGAAUUCCUUACUUUCAUCAGCUGGCCUCACAUGCUGCUUCGGCCUGGGAAUUUCUACUUCUUUAAUUUUUUUUUUUUAGUGCCCAGGACAGGACCUUUUCUCAGAAGCCGUAAUGUAAUCUGUGAGGAACUAGGUGGUGAGAGGCCGGUGCUAACACAGGAACCAAGCUUAGCCCAAGGGAAGCAUGCUUCUCCUUUAUCACAGAAGGCCUGUGUGUUUCUGGGAUGUAGUAUUUCCCCCUCUUGCUGAAGCAAGUUUUUGUUGGGCAACUGUAAUCAUGGUUGAAGCCAACUUGGAUCGACUGAUAGAGCCAGAGACAUUCCAGCAAGUGCAGUUGCCCCUGCUUUCUCUGUAACAGAGAUAUCCUUAUGUGGAGAUCCACAGCCUUGAAUAGGGACCCAAGAUCUCUGAGGUUCAGUGGACCAGGAUCUCAAGGCAACCAAAAUGAUACGCCCUCCUUGCUUACUUGACAUCCCUGACAGUGUUGCUGAUUACGUCAUACAGAUCCGAGAGGCCGGACCCCUUUGAAGUGAAUGAUCCAUUGACGACCUGACAGUAUUUUAUCUGACACUUGGUCUGACUAGUACAGAACACAUUUCCAUGUGCCUCACAGGCUGCUGGGCAUCCACGUUGCCUUUUGAGCCGUAAGCAUGCUUAUGAAAUGGAGAAACUACCGGGACAGGUUUGCCUGUUUGCAGGUUACUGUCUCAGGCCUAUUUUUCUGUGCAGAAGAUUCAAAGCAACUUCCCUCAUUUCACUGCUGAGAUCUUACGUAUUUUGGGAUGGGAUGUAUUUUGUUUUGUUUUGUUUAAGGAAGAAUAGUAUCAAGAGAGUGGGCAAAGGCAGUAAAAUCAAAGUUGGGUUUUUUGGGGGGGGUGCAGUUUUGAGAAAGGGUCUCACUGUGUAUGUAGCUUUGGCUGUCCUGGAAUUCACUCUGUAGACCAGGCUGGCCUGAACUCAAACUCACAGAGAUCCCCCUGCCUCUGCCUCCCAGGUGCCAGGAUUAAAGGCAUGUGCCACCAUGCCUGGCUUAAAAUCAAAGUUCUUACCUAUUUUUGGAAUGCUUGAAAGAGAGCAAAUUCUAAACUUUGGAAUAACUAGAUAAAUCUUCCAUGGAGCAGGCUGGCCAUUUGUUUGGACAUCUGUCACAAAUAGCACUUCCUUUACUGGGGAGAGGAAAGCCAUACCAUGUACUCACCACAGCCUCAGAAACCGGCCCCUCUGCAGCCAGCCUUUCGGAUGCACCAAGUGUCAGCUCCUUCUGCCCCCAUGGACUCUUUAUUUCCCAUAGACCCAUGAGGGGCCUGCCUGGGAUGGUUCCCAGGGCAGAAAUAGUAGCUUGAUUUCUUUUUGGGAGUAAGGCAAGUCUCUUGAGGCCAAUUUUUUAGGUAGCCAAGGCUAGCCUUGAACUCCUGAUCCUCCUGCCUCUGUCUCCUCGAAGUACUGGGUUUAAAGGUGUGCACCACCAGACCUGGCUCAUUUCCCUUUCAUUUUGCCAAAGCCUUUUAUUUGUAGGGUUAGAAUAGAGAAAAAAAAUUCUAAAUUUAAAGAAUAAAAAUGGACUUCUUUGAAAAUAGAUUCCAUACUGGGAACAGAAACGAAAUACUUUAUGAAAUGGGAAAAACUAAGAUGGCCCUAGGGCUAAGCCAAGGUGAAGAUAAAUAAGUAUAUUAGCUCUGUGGUUAGGCAAGUUCUAAACUAUUUUCUUCCUUUUUUUCUUUUGAGGCAGGGUCUCAUUAUGUAACCAGGCUGGCCUGGUACUCAAUGAUCCUCCUGCCUCAGCCUCCCGAGUGCUGUGAUUAUAGCUCUGCACCACCGUGGGUGCACAUCAGAUACGUAGUCGUCUGUCAAAGAUGCUUUCAUUAGCCGGGCGAUGGUGGCGCAUGCCUUUAAUCCCAGCACUUGGGAGGCAGAGGCAGGUGGAUCUCUGUGAGUUUGAGACCAGCCUGGUCUACAGAGCUAGUUCCAGGACAGGCUCCAA